AUGUUUAGCAAUGAGGACAAUUUAGAGUCUAUCACAGUAGUGUUUAAGCUUUUUUGUAAGAGUCUUCCCAACACUACAGGGCAUUUUCUAGAGCUGUGUCGAGGGGAGUAUGGAGGAUCGAAACUUCGAGGCUCGUACAAAAAAGCUGCUGUUACACGAGUGGUAGCUCCCGAAUACAUAGUACAGAUGGGGAAGUUAGUGAAACGGUCAGAGGAAACGGUCAAUAAGUUGGAGUCGUUGGUGGAUGCUGACGAAUACAGUCAAACGGAACCCAAAAUACGAGACAAGCUGAGGUUUAAAAGGGGGGGACUAUUGUGUUUAGUUGCUCAACCGAGUGAUCAAAAUAGGAAGCCAGUUGACUUGUCGUUCUUUGUAACUUUAGACGAUCUUCAAAAGUAUAAGGAUAGAGAAUUGAAGGGAUACUUGAUAAUAGGGGAGCUAGAAAAGCCAGAGCUUUCUAAGCUAAUCCACUGGCUACAAAAGUUACAUGUCGAUGAAAAUGAUCAGCCUAUUGAACCAUGCUGGAUUGCUGGAUGUGGAGAAUUGGUUCCAAAAAGCAAGCAACAAUAG